AUGGCGGGAUGUGGUCGGUGCCCGGAUGGAAGUUGCGAGGCAGGAAACGCCGUUGCCGCAGGAUCGAAGAUGAACGAUUUCCACGGAUGUCUUGACACCUACUUGAACGACUUGAUUCAGUCGGCACACACUGAGACGGACUUGAAUGGAAAUUCCUCUUUCACCUUUCCCCUCCACCGUCUACUACCUAUUCCACGAGAUACAAAGUCACAACUCCACGGAGACCUAGAGAAUAAACACCUUCAUCGAUCCACAUCCACCCGCGGGUCCCAUCCUAGAAGAGUCUCGCGCGUACUUCUAGAACCCAUCCCCGCCUACCACCGUCCCCUUCGCUGCAUUCGCUGCAUUCGCUGCAUAUCACGACUUUUCCUCGUACCAUACCUACAGAUACAGACUACUACUCCAUCUCAUACGCCCUUUAUCUCCGAUUUUGGGGGCCUCGACACACACAAGCCGACAUCCGCCUGCCCGGACCGUACCUUUCCUUAUCGGCCCCUCGACCUGAUUCCGAUUGUUAAUCACCCCUCCAAAGUCUAA